CUCUCUGCCUCUCUCACAGGCCAGGGUGGGCUAAAUUGGAACACGGACACGCACACAAACAUAGCUGGUAGAAGAGGGUGGCAUUGGGGGCGUCCUACAGUUGCUCAGUGACACACAAGGAGUGGGAAGCAAAACCUGGAGGUUCCAUGUGGUUCUACACGCCAAGGAUUCUAUUGGAAUCACUUUUUUCAUGGUUCACUCGGAGUUCAGCUCCUGGAUAACGUGUGGAUUAUUUAAAUGUCAUAUUGCAGCUCCUGUUGCUGCAGAUGCUUCUUUUUGACACUUGAGCAUCUGGGUGUGAGAGUGGGUUAACAAGAAGAGUGCGAGACAAAAACAGACCAGGAGAAGCCCAUACAACGGAACACAGCUCUUGUUCUUUGUGACAGAAGGGGAGGCGAGAUGUCAAGGCCUCCUUCCCAGACCACCCCUCAGUUCUACAGAGUCAGUGAAAGGGAUCUCACUGAGAUCGAGCUGCAUUCUGUGGACUCCAUCAACGAUCUCCACCGAACACACCCCGAACACAGCCAAAAAGGGGUGAGGCCUCCUCGUCCUGCCUACACACCUUCGAAUGGGAACCUCUACACGUGUGAUCCGACAGGUGUCAGUCAAAGAGGCCAUCCAGUCAGCAGCAAAUGGCAGAGCCGUCUCCAGGACAUGUUGACACCCAGUUCAUCACGCGCCUACGCCAUGGGCUGUGCUAUCAUCACUUUGCUUCUUCUUACAGUGUUUCUCAUUUUCUACUUUUUGGUCCAGCAGGGCGGCGCAAUUCAGAUGUUGACAGCAGCAGUGAAGGAGAAAGAAGCUGCUGCAACGGAACUGUCACUACUGAUCCAAGAGCUGCAGGCACUGAGACACAACCUGACGGCAAGGAGAGGGGAGACAUGACCAAGAUAUACACCGAACAUCAACAUGCACAUGAACACACACACUUUAAAUAUGGACAUGAGACAUGGGACAAAGUGCAGUAAAACUGUGUUUUACACUGAAAACUCCCUUGAAGCGUUCUCUAAACCGUUUUGUUUCAAGAUGUAAUGCAUGUCAUAGAACCGUGUAAUUAAGAGAAGUUUCUAAAACUUUCCAGCUCAAAGUCUCAUUAUUAAAACAGCAUGACUGGUUGGAUUAAAUCAAUUGAGUUGUUUUAUCUCAUGAUGUCACAUCACACAUUUAACAUUAAGAAAUCUAAUUCUUCAUGAGUGUUUCUCAAACUAACAAAUGGUUUAUAAUUGUAGCCACUGUGCCAAACAUAGUGUUUUAAUGAACUGACUCUCUACCUUGUUUUGUGCUGUUAAUCACUUUGUGUCAGUAGGUGUCAGUGAUAUUUCACUGUGAGCAUCACUGAAACAAACUGCUUGAGGAUCAAUACACAGCAAAAAUGUGAUGGACUGUGGAAAAGGAAAACAGAUAUUAUUAAUGUAGACAGUUUUGUUAUCUUUGUGUGUAUUUAUUAGCACUGGAUAGUAAAUAUAUAUGUAUUUAAAAUGUGUUUAUGAAUUGUGUGUAACCAUGUCAUAAAGUCAAGACUUUCACUGAGA